AUGGCUUCAGUACUCUCUUAUGUUCCCAUCGUGAACCGACUCGUCUCACAUACAGGUCGGACUCGGACCAUUAACAUCCCACCUGUUGAGGUUCACAAUGUGGAGACUUCACCUGAGAAACGACCGAGAACGCUCAAGCAUCUAUUAAAGGCAAAUCAUGUCAACCAUGCCAUUCUGUAUCACAAUUUGGAGUUUCAUAACCAUAUGCCCCAUAUACUCGGGUCUGCAUAUCUCCUAGGAGCAGAUGUUCAGCAAUUGCAUAAUAUCUACGAUGUCGAAGCCAAAUCGCUUGAGCCGUGGACAGAAUCACCGGCUGAAAUAGCACAGGAUGACUGGAGAGAUUUCCUAGGUCAAUCAGAAUACCAGCGUGCCUAUGUCGAUUUCUUCGAAGAUGCUCUGGCCUUGAGGCACAACUACCAAUGGAAAGGUGUAGUGGAGGAGUAUAUGUACGGGGGCAAGAAACCGCUAAUCAACUGUCUCAUCGGAGGCCUUGGCCAUCCUCUCAUCCAUCUGGGAUAUGCUUAUGAGAUUGAUAGUCGCGAGGUUGCCAUCGAGGCCCUCAGCAUGGCGGCUACCCAAUACAACUUCCUUCAUAAGUACAUUGAUAAUGAUUCGUAUUCGAAGCCGUCUUCGAUCAAGUCAUCUUCCCCGCUAGAAUUGCUGUCCAAGCUAAGAAGCGAUUCUCGUCUUGACGGUGCAUUUAAAGAACCAGGGCCCCAAAACAUCGGACCGUUAUUCGUGACGCAUGAAGACAUCGUUUUGGAAUAUUGGAAUGCAUGGACGCUGGAUGAUCCAGUGAAAGAUUUCCAACUAUCUCAAGAGACUGCGGUUGCUAUACUGAUUGCGACAGUCCCACCCGGAACUCAUUCAUACAAUUUCUUCCUUUGCCAUGUGCUCACGACCAGCCAUGCUGUUAGGAUACUGCUUCCAUUCAUCCCAUCGGAAUUUCGCAUAAACUUGGUAAGACAGUGGUGGUUGUUCGCGCUUGCUGUGUACAUUGUAGAACUACGACCGAAAAUCGAUCUCGAUUACAUCAAACCAGAAGACGUUGCGGGGAAGCAAUGGAAUUAUGUGGAGGAUAGGGCAGUGAACGGACCUUGGGCUACAGACGCCCAUUUCGUCAAGAGUAAGACCUCUUUACACAUCCCUAGUUUCGAUUGCUAUUAUACUAACCUUAGGUAUUGUAUAGCUGUGCGCGCGACUAAAGAAGCUGCCCGGACUUGGGGAGACAGAUGCCGUGCAUCUCACAUCCGCCCAAUCGCCAUGGCGCCGCCCACAAAACGUCGGAAACGAAACAUCGUUCAUGCUUCUUCCGACGACGAUGAAGAAGAUUUAAAGUCGAAAUCGAACACACUUACCAAUUACCUCCUUUCCUCGCCUACUCGAAAAGAUGUCUCUGCCGCAGAUACUUCUCGGGCUUCGACACCUUCGCCGGGUCCCGUGAGGAAGUCGUCUCGCUUGCUAGCCUCUCAUCCGCCGAGCUCGACGUCUAUGUCACUUCACCAGAGAAACAACAGAUUUAGGGGUAUCAGUACGAGUCCCGGGAAACCCAAGGCCCAGUCAUUUACAAAGGGGAAACGUUUGGAGAAAGAGAAGACAGCCGAUCUGGUUACUAUGUUUUCUAGACAGGCACAGCGGGCACCGACAGCAUCUCCAACCAAGAGGGACGACAUUAUCAGCGAUCCAAUUUCAGACGAUGACGAUAUAGACGAAUAUAGGGCCGUAAACACCAGUCGGGUCGGACAGAAUGCACGUAAACGUUUUCGGGAUACGUCUCAGCCAUCUAGUGCUCCGGCAAUUACAUCAAGUCAAAAAUUCCUUAAGCCACCCCGUCCUCAGCAGGAUCCAAGUACGAGCGACGAACAACGACCCUGGUCGGAACGGUUCGGCCCUACGAAUAUAGGAGAACUUGCUGUUCACAAAAAGAAAGUAGCGGAUGUCCGUCGAUGGCUAGAAGAUGUCAUGGCUGGUCGGAUGCGACAACGGCUGUUGAUAUUAAAGGGCGCUGCCGGAACGGGAAAGACAACUACGGUUCGGCUUCUUGCUAAGGAUAUGCAUUGUGAGCUACUAGAAUGGAGGAAUCCGGUCGGAUCCCUUGGCGCGAAUCAAGGACUUCAGUCAGCAUCGGCACAAUUUGAAGAAUUCAUGGGGAGGAGUGGAAAAUUCGGGCAAUUAGACACUGAUCUUGACUCGACUCCUUCGAGUACUGGUAAAAACGAGGAUAAUGAUAAUACGAGGAAAAUUAUUCUCAUUGAGGAAUUUCCGAACACUUUUACACGCUCAUCAACAGCUUUGACGACAUUUCAAAACACUAUUUUACAAUAUUUGGCCGCUAAUACACCUUCUCUCGCCACUUUUGGUCGUCAAACUUCUGUAGACCCUAUCACGCCUAUCGUUAUGAUUAUAUCAGAAACUCUACUAACGACCACUUCGGCAUCUGCGGAUAGCUUUACGGCCCAUCGCUUGCUAGGGCCUGAAAUUACCCGGCACCCAGGGUCUUGCAUUAUAGAGUUUAACCCUAUCGCGCCCACUCUUCUUGCGAGCGCGCUUGAAUUAAUUGUACAGAAAGAGGCUCGGAAGUCUGGACGGCGUCGGACUCCAGGCCCACUUGCUUUAAAAAGGCUGGGCGAGAUAGGGGAUAUUAGAAGCGCAAUCUCUUCCCUCGAAUUCCUUUGCCUUAAGGGUGACGCAGAUGCAGACUGGGGUUCCAAAGUGGCCUUCACGAAGCCCAAGCGCGGAUCCAAGAACGAAGUAUCCUUAACUAAAGGUGAAGUAGAAAGUCUGGAGCUUAUCUCGCAACGAGAAGCAAGUUUGGGAAUAUUCCAUGCCGUUGGGAAAGUGGUUUACAACAAAAGAGAUGAGCGCCCGAUGAGCCAUCAAACUCCUGAGGGUCAAGCUGAAAUAUUACCCGACUUUAUAGCUCAUCAUUCCAGACCAAAGCGGUCCGAGGUUUCCGUCGACAGUCUUAUCGAUGAGACUGGUACUGAUACGCACACAUUUGUUUCAGCUCUUCAUGAGAAUUAUGUUCCAUCCUGCGAAUCUAGUGGCCCUUCCGAUCCGAAUUCCUCACUUGAUUAUAUCAACAAUUGUAUUGAGUUUCUUUCGGAGAGCGAUUUACUUUCCCCAUCUUGGGACAUCUUUUUCCGGGGGCGAGGGUCUAGCACGUCGAAUUUUUCUGGGCGCGAUUCAGCUAGUCAUGUGCUAAGACAAGACGAGAUCACGUUUCAGGUCGCAACUAGAGGAUUGCUGUUCUCCCUGCCAAAUCCGGUAAAACGAAUGGCUAAACCCUACGGACGCGGCGGUGGCGAUGCCUACAAGAUGUUCUAUCCUACGAGUCUCAAGCUAUGGCGAGAGAAAGAAGAACUCGAAGGGGUCGUAGACCAUUGGGCAUCGAGAUUGCUAAAGGGGGACGAGACCGGUCAUGAUCUCACUCAAGGGGCUUCUGCGUUUAGACGGCCUAAGUCCACGGCAGACGGCGGCAGUGACUGGAUCAGCAAACAUCAGGCUUCUGCACAACGCAAUAGCAGCCAGCAAAACAAGAGAGUUGAACAAAGCCAAGACGAGCAAACGGCACCAUUACUCUUUCUUGGAAACUCGGCUCGUAGAGAGCUAUUGCUAGAACGGUUACCAUACAUGGCACAUAUAGCACGAGGGCGCAGGAGCGCAGUGAGCAACGUCCGGUUAAGGGAGAUCGAGAAGGUGACGUCGUUUUCCGGAAUUGGGCAGGCGGUAGACGAAGACGCUCUCGACGAAGAUGAUAAUAUGGAGCAGACAGGAGAAGCGGAAGCAUGGGCAACCGACAAGCCCACCGAGGAAUCGUCACCGCGGAAGAAGAGAAUCUCUGUUGGCAUACGGCAGAAGAGCGACCUGCCUUCCUUUUCUGCUGCGGCGGUGCCGUCUAUACAGAAAUUGGUUUUGAGCGACGAUGAUAUAGAGGACGACUAA